AUGAAGAAUGCUAAUCAGGAGAAAACUGCCUUUAUAACUGACCGGGGACUAUAUUGCUAUAAAGUGAUGCCUUUCAGCUUGAAGAACACUGGGGCAACCUACCAAAGGUUGUUGUUUAAAAAAGCACGAGAGUGGGAUGCUAGGUGCGAAGAAGCAUUUUCUCAGUUGAAAGAGUAUCUAGUUAAGCCACCAUUGCUCAAUCACACCAAGCCGGGAGAGCCACUGUCAUUAUGCUUAGCAGUAACUCUAGACGCAGUAUUUGCUGCAUUGGCACGAGAAGUUCUCCAUUUCAAAGAAGAAGUCCACAAGCCACCCAAGAAGAAUCCAUGGCAGGUGUAUGUAGAUGAGUUAGCCUGCCGGGCAGGUGGAGGAGUUGGGGUGUACAUAGUAACAAGUGAGGGGAAAGAAUUAUACCACACAGUACGAUUGGAGUUCAAGGUGACAAACAACGAAGCUGAAUAUGAAGCAGUACUCGCCGUUUUGGCGAUCACGAGGGUAUUAGGAGGCGAAGAAGUCGAGAUGAAAGCCAAAUCACAAGUGGUAGUUGGGCAAAUCACAUGGGAGUAUUUGGCGAGGGGAUCCAAGUUGAUAAAAUACCUUCACCAAGUACAGGAACAAAGCAAAAAUCUCAAGUACUUUCGAAUCGAGAAGAUACCUCGAGGAGACAAAUCCAAAGCUGACCGAUUGGCAUGCACGGCUUCAGCAAAGCAAGAAGAAACACUACUAUGGAAGGUUGAUUUACAAGCAAUGGCUAGACUAGCGAUAGGAGAAGAAAGUUUACAUAUCAAGGGGAACACGCUAGGAUGGGCUACUAAUAUAAAAAAGUAUUUGGAGACAGAAGAACUUCCCUCACCAUUGGAAGAGGCGAUAAAGUUAAAAAGUAGGGCGACCAGGUUUACCUUCAUUGACGGGGUACUCUACAGGCAGGGUUUCUCAAACCCAUUGUUGCGAUGCGUGACGGAAGAAGAAGCUGAGUAUGUGAUGAGGGAAAUUCAUGCACUAAUUCAAGGUGCACCCCCUGAAGAGUUGCGGUCCAUAACGUCCCCAUGGCCGUUCGCCCAAUGGGGAGUAGACUUGGUAGGCCCAAUACCCCCUAGCAAAGGAAGAACCAAAUUCAUCAUUGCAGCUGUCGACUACUUUACAAAGUGGGCAAAAGCUGAGGCAAUGACUACAAUAACUAUUCAAAGCAUAGCAAAGUUGCUAUGGAAGGCUGUAAUAUGCAGGUUCGGGAUACCUCAGUGUAUCAUUUUUGAUAACGGGAGGCAAUUCGACUCCGAACAUUAUCGUCAAUGGUGUGUAGAGCUAGGAAUCAAGGUCAAGUACUCUUCCCCAAGCCAUUCCCAGGCAAACAAACAAGUGGAAGUAACUAAUAAAACCAUCAUGGGAAUACUAAAAAAGAAGAUAGGCGCCAGAAAAAGGCUAUGGGCCGACAAGCUCCUAGGAAUUUUGUGGGCUUACAUAACGACAGCAAAAACCUCAACAGGCCAAACACCCUUUGCCCUAGCCUAUGGAAGUGAGGUGAUGGCACCAGUAGAGGUCGGGUUACCAAGCCACAGAAGAAGAAAUUUUGAUCCAGAGGCAAACAUAGCAGAGUUAGAAGAAAUCCUAGACCUCUUAGAGGAGAUAAGGGCACAUGCAGAAGUUAGAGUUGCAGCUUCUAAGAAGAAGGUGGAGCAGUACUUCAACAAAUGA